CUGGGUUUCGGUGUUGCGCGCAUUGCUGCGGCGUGGAGACCGGUCGCUGACACCGACGCCUGCUCAGUACUCCUGAGAGAGACGGAGAUGAAAGAAAUGUCCGACUCUCGGCUUCCAGAGCACAGCCUUGUUGAGAAAUUCGGAUUCAUACCUGUGAACUAGGCCUUCUCCUUAGUCGUGCAACUGAUAUUUAUUGUGCAAAGCACUGGGGAGACAUUGUGAACCAAACAUGGUCCCUGACUUCAGGGUUGUUAGUCCGGUGGGGAAAACAGAUGGACAUUGUGAACCAAACAUAGUCCCUGACUUCAGGGCUGUUAGUCCGGUGGGGGAAACAGAUGCUCACCAAUGAUCUCACUAAGAAAUGCAAAGACACUUGAAUUAGCUUUAGCAGAAGAGAAAUGGAGGAACCAUAGAACAUUAAGGAUGAAUUCAGGAAGACCCGAGACCAUGGAGAACUUGCCUGCUCUCUACACUAUUUUCCAAGGAGAGGUUGCUAUGGUGACAGACUAUGGAGCCUUUAUCAAAAUCCCAGGCUGUCGGAAGCAAGGUCUGGUCCAUCGAACUCACAUGUCAUCCUGUCGCGUGGAUAAGCCCUCUGAGAUAGUAGAUGUCGGAGACAAAGUGUGGGUGAAGCUUAUUGGACGAGAGAUGAAAAAUGAUAGGAUAAAAGUAUCCCUCUCCAUGAAGGUUGUCAACCAAGGGACUGGGAAGGACCUUGACCCCAACAACGUUAUCAUUGAGCAAGAAGAGAGGCGGAGGCGGUCCUUCCAGGAUUACACUGGGCAGAAGAUCACCCUCGAGGCUGUCCUGAACACUACCUGCAAGAAGUGUGGCUGUAAAGGCCACUUUGCAAAGGAUUGUUUCAUGCAACCAGGUGGGACCAAGUACUCUCUGAUACCUGAUGAGGAAGAGGAGAAGGAAGAGGCAAAGUCAGCAGAGUUUGAAAAGCCUGACCCCACGAGAAAUUCUUCUAGAAAAAGAAAGAAGGAAAAGAAGAAAAAGAAACAUAGAGACAGGAAGUCAUCUGACUCUGACAGCUCAGACUCUGAGAGUGAUACAGGCAAGAGGGCAAGGCACACGUCAAAAGACAGCAAGGCAGCAAAGAAGAAGAAAAAGAAGAAGAAGCACAAGAAGAAGCACAAGGAGUGAGAGUGGAAAGAGUGGAGGGGGUGGUGGAGAGAAGGAACCAGGAGCCUUGUGCCUUGAAGCGCUGGCUCCUGGAAAGACUCAGUAGUGAGAAUAUGGCCUUCCACCCCCAUUGACUUCUCUCCCAUGGGAGAUGGCUUCCCCUCCUGCCACAGGCAGGUUUGGGAGAUAUCAAAAGUAUCUGCCUGAAUGAGUUGUUUUCUUAUCACUCCAGUCCCUUUGCAAGUGACCCCUGCAGCUGACCCAUUCAUUCACCCAACUUCCUUCAUUCAGCAGAAGGUCCUAUUACCCUCUUCCAGCUGCCACUGCCAGAGCCAGACUCCUGUACAGGAGUCCAGGCUAGAGCCACAGGUACUGCUGUGGAGGUGAGCCUGGCUGUAGUUGGAGAACAGAGUGAUUGGCCCCUCCCUGUUGGCCUGCCUUGGGCUGACUGGUGGGUGAUCUCUGCUGAAUCCAACACAGGGGCAGAGGGAGACUGGCAGUACUAGGGAGAACAUGGUAAGAAGUGGUGCUCACUUUUUCCAUUCCCCCUAACAUGAUUCUACUAUGUUAGAAGUGACAGCCAGUGGUCACAGCCAGAAAACCAUUGUUUGCAGUGACUGAGCUUGUGUGUGACGUUCCGCCCGAUCACUGAACCAGACAGCUCAAGCCAAGUUCAUUGCUUUACUUUGUAUUUACCACAAUGUGAAUCAGUUGGUUCCAUUUCAGGUCUCUGCUUAAAUUCCUGGCCCUAAAUGGAAGUGUGCUUGGUUUUAAACUUACUGAGAGUCCUUAUUGGUAUAAUCCCUCUUCCUGUAACUUACAGACUUAAAAGUCACUGAGGCUGCAUUAGGUGACAGAAAAACAUUUAACGUGUUACCUUAGAACUUGGAGAGUGGCCCAGCUAAGGUACAGCGCCAGAGGCACUAGCAAGUCACAGCCUUCUUAGAUCACUUAUAAGCCCUCACUUCUGUAAUGAUCAGAUGACCUCUCCCCCAGGGCUGAUUAGAGAACCAGUAAGAAUUUGAACCAUGAGUAAUGGCCUAGCACAUAGGCAGAUGCUCAGCAGUCAUCUGCGCCCGUGGGCAUUUUCUCCCAUUACCACUGGCACAAGCCUGGAUCCUGUGUCCUAAGCCUGUGUUCUGGAGAGAGACCACAGCAUUCCACAGAGAAGAGCAACUGUCCACACCCAAAAGCAUUCAGUGCAGGAUGGACCUGAGGUGACAGUUCAGAAGCCCCACCACUGAGUGAUUAUUCCAGGUUGGACUAGCUCAUUAGGCCAUAGGGAGGGGGCAGUGUAAAGGGAAGUUGUAGGUACAGCUGUUUUAUUUUUUGUACGUGUAAGGUGAUCAGCUAUCACUGUCCCUGAGACUGUCCAUUUCAGUCUCUCAUCCAGUGCUUCUUCCUGAGUGGCAGUCAUUUCUGCCUACUCUCUGACACACAUAGAAACAGACUCCCAGAAUCAUGUCACCAAAAGCAAAAAGGCAACUGGGUGGCCUAGGUGCUGCUUUAUUGACCUCAGAGCACCCUUUGGGUGCAGUUAAAAAAACAAACAUACACAAUGAGAACAGAAUUGGAUCCAGGCUGGUGCCACCUGACCCCAGGAGAAUUUCCCCAGUCAAGGUGGAUUUAUACAAAAUGCCAGAGGAAAAAAAUGAGUCAAUCUGGUGCUGAGUCCAGGAGUAGCCAACUGGCAGAGGAGCAGUUGUUGAGGGAGUGGGCAGGUCAUGCCCCUUUCUCGUAAGUGCGAGUGCAAACUGCACUGCAGUGGGUGAGUGUCUGGAAGAAAAGACAGAGUCAGGUUAGGGCAGGGGUGUGGACACAGAAGGUAUUGGGAAUACUCUCCACUCUGAUGGGGAGAGCCCUCUACCUUCAUGCUAAAAAUUCUCAUUUACUGCCUACCUACUACGUGCCAGGUACUUUACAUGUAUUUUUUCCUAAUGCUUACACCAAGUCUUCUUUUUUUUUUUUUGGCCAUGUCACGCGGUUUGCGGGAUCUUGGUUCCCCAACCAGGGAUUGAACCCGGGCCACAGCAGUGAAAGCACCAAGUCCUAACCACUGGACCACCAGGGAGUUCCCCCAAGUCUUUAAGUUAGGCAUUGUAAUUCCUCUUGUAGAGAUUUGGGGAAAUGAGCUUUCAGGGAGGCAGUAACUUGGUCAGGAUCCCAGAGUGUUUCUCUUUCCCUUGUACCACUCCUCUCCCUUCAUCUUUAGUGCCUAAGAUGGUGCCUGGCACAUAGUAGACAAACAGGUGAAUAAAAAUGUCCAGAGGCUCUUGGUAAAGGACUUUACUAGGCCACCAACUGUCCAUUCUUUCCCGAACUUAGGGUAGUGCCAGGGCCAGAGGCCUGAACCCCCAACAUCCUGCCUGGCUUCACAGAGCCAGGCCCAUGGUUUCACCAUAGCUUAAUUGCCCAGUGAGUAUUUGGUACUGUAUAUCACAUUCCCACCAGAGCUAGGUAACUCAUUAUUAACUCUGCAGGGCCCCCUGCCCCGUGUAAGUGCAAGAAUCAGUGACCAGGUUACACUGACCCAAGAAGGUCUGCAGUGAAGACGCUGAGGCGAAAACCUGAGGCCCUACAGCAUAAGGAGUCAGAGAUCACGGGUGGCUGCCGUCUCCACCCCUGGGGGUGUUCAGUCAAGGCUACAUUCUUCAAGUGAAGUCCCCAGGUUUGUCCCCAAACAGACAGAUCUGCCAGCUUGUUUGUCAUUUCCAACCCAGGCCUUAGGUACUUGUAGUAGGCCAGGCAUGGAAAGCUCUGAGAGAAGGUGAGCCUGGAAUGAAGUAGAAAUGACUGUGCUGUCAGUUGGGGCCCCACCGAUCACCAGCCUGUCCCUGCCCAAAGGCUUGGGAGAUGGGAGCCUCUCCUAUGGGCCUGGAAUCAGAUUUGGCCAUGCUUUCUACCUCUCCCUGGGGCAAGGCAAUGCGGCAAUGCAGAGAAUGAAACUAAGGCCAUGGAGUGCGCCUACUGCAGUGGUCGCACACCAGUGAUGCUUUGUGCUCUGCAUCCACUGUCUCCUUCAGACUUCCCAGCAGCCCUACAAGGUUGGUGUUAUUAACACCCACUUUACAGUUGGACUUGGAGAAGGUGACUUGUCCAAAGUCAUGCACCCUAUAAGCUGAGAUUUAAACCGAGGCUUGUGCAAGUCCAAAGCCACUACAUAGAAAAUUCCUACCUAAUACCACCCAGGCCUGCCUCCACCCUCCAUUGUUCCAGCUUCCAUUGGUCCCACUGAUGACCUUGGCUUUUCACAAUAGGCUUGGCUCCAGAGUUACCCAUCUUACCAGGAUGAGUUUCCCAGCAACUAUUUCCCGCACAAGUGUUGUCUCUUGUCCGUUCCACUUCUGCAUGUGGACGAGUUUGCCUCCAUCCAGCGUCACAACGGACUGUGGAAAGAGGGCAGAGGCCUGAGCUGAGAUCUGAGCUGGGAUUGAGGGGCAGGAAGGGGUCUGGUCACUGGGGCCACAAAGGACCCAGCCUCUAACCCAAACUAUUGACAGUGCUAGGAUCAGAGAUCAGGCAGCCCACCUCCAGCCUAGCCCCAUAGGAUGUCUAGUUCACCACUGCUGCUUGGCCGGGGGAGGGGCCUUGAGCUGUUGGGCGAGUAGGGAGAGGCAGACAGUACAGUGGAGAGGAACAGCCUAGCUCUGAGAAGUGCCACCAGCCUUCAGGAUAGGCACUUAUCCCAUACUCUAGGUGAUGCCCACAGCCCAGUCUCACUAAGAUACAGAGUGGGGGGACCAGCCUAAUCCCUGGGAAGGACUGGUGAGGAGUAAUCUUGAGACUCUCCGGCCAAGUGGUGAUCACACAUAAUGUCUAAAAGACCCUUGGGGAUGGGAGGUAUUGGAAAAUGGGACCCUGCCCUGUAUUCCUACUCCUCUUGAUCCAUUAUCAAGUGACCCCCUUCAGCUGACGAGUGGUCAACAACUGCCAGGUCCUGGGACUGCGGGCCCUUGGAGUGUUCUACAGCCCUGGUCAAAUGUCCACUUAAUCUUCUGGGUGCUGCCAGCCUGCACCAGCUGGCUCUCAUUUGGCAACUCUCCCAGGUCUCUCUUCUCUAGAAAUUUGGGGGCUCUAAGCCAGGCUAGGGUACCCUGACUGACGAGGGUUCAGUAGAAGAGUCUGCAAAGGCUGUGUGUAUGUGCUUUGGGGCCAGUGGGUCGGUGGGUGUGCGCACCUUACCACCACCUUCCUCCUCAUUCUCAUUCCCCUAGCUUUUUGUCCAUUCAGAGCAGGUUAUGCUUAGCCUAGGCAUCCCAGAGAACUACUGUUGUGUUUAACUGGGGUUCUUGCCCUUCAAGAAGGUAGGCUAGUUCAAGGAGGUAAAGGCAUGUGGUAGGGCAGGCACCUCUCUCCAAGGUAGGCUGCCAUCUUUGGGUACCAUCCCAUCUCUGCAGCCAGCUUCCUGUAUGAUCCUGGGCUGGGCCCCAGCUUCCUCCACAGGGAGGAG